GAAAAAUUAGAAUAAAAAGUUUAUUAACUUUGGAGUCGUCUCAGCUGAGAUUCGCUUCCCUCUUCGUUUUUCAUCGUUUCUCAUUAAUCAGACCCUCGAUCUGCUUAUUCUGUUUGCUUAAUCAAAAUAAAAUUGAAUAAAUCCGAAGUUAAUCAGAUGGCUGCUGGAUCCGGCAGAGCUCGAGCUGAUUACGAUUACCUCAUCAAACUCCUAUUGAUCGGCGACAGCGGUGUGGGUAAGAGUUGCCUUCUUCUAAGAUUUUCCGAUGGCUCUUUCACCACCAGCUUCAUUACUACCAUAGGGAUUGAUUUUAAGAUAAGGACUGUAGAGCUUGAUGGUAAAAGAAUCAAGCUACAAAUUUGGGAUACUGCUGGACAAGAACGAUUCCGUACUAUCACCACUGCUUACUAUCGUGGAGCUAUGGGCAUAUUGUUGGUGUAUGAUGUCACCGACGAGUCAUCUUUCAACAACAUUCGGAACUGGAUCAAAAAUAUUGAACAACAUGCCUCCGACAAUGUCAACAAAAUAUUAGUUGGCAACAAGGCUGACAUGGAUGAAAGCAAACGGGCUGUUCCUAAAUGUAGGGGUCAAGCGCUCGCUGAUGAAUACGGAAUCAAAUUCUUCGAGACAAGUGCCAAGACGAACAUGAACGUGGACGAGGUUUUCUUAUCUAUAGCUCAGGACAUAAAGCAAAGACUUUCCGACUCAAACUCAAAGUCAGAGCCUCAGACUAUAAAAAUUACCAAGCCAGGCCAGACAGGCAGGGCUGCCCAAGGUGCUAAUAAAUCGGCUUGCUGUGGCUAAACGGUGUCGCCUUUGGAGAUUGGAUGGCUGCCCUUAAAAUUGACCGUUUUGACGAUGUCCAUGUUGCCUGUAACGACGCCCCUCUCUUUAAUUAUUUUUAGAUGCCACACAAUAAUGUUAUAUUUACAUUUAUUGGAUGGAUCAAUGGAUUCAUAUAAUUCUCAUGAAUUUUCUACAAUUUUUCUUUGUAAAUUACUAUAGUACAGAACGGAUUCAUUUAGGCUGGUUUUCUCUCUUAUUUUAUCAUAUGUUUUGGCGGAUUUUGCUAUACAUGUACUAGUAGUAUUUAGUUACUUUACUCUUCUAUUGAAAGGAAUUAUACAUAUGGCGUGUGCCAAUGUCAUAUUCAAAUUUUUGCAAA